AUGCGGGAGGCCAAGCAGGCACGUAAGCAUCUCAGGCUCCAGGACGGUUCAGCAGAUCGCAUGGUGCGGAGAGGGAUUCAGACGAAGAGGCUUGCGUCGAUCCUGCAGGAUGUCCACCCUGGAAUAAGGGAGGCGCGACAAUGGCAAAAAGGCAUCGCUUACGUGGCGGGCGCGCCGUGCUUCCAGCUCGAGAUCGGCAAGGAAAAGGAUGAGCAGACAAAGCCACGUUGGAACUAUGCGUCGGCGCAGGGCAAAGCUUCGGACAACAAUGCGACGUUUGCGAUGUCCGAUGCUAUAUCCCACGCGUCGGAAGAAGUCCGGGCGGCAACGUUCCUGGCGGCGCCUGAGAUUAACGAGGGGGCGGCAACGACCACUCGGCAUCGCGAGCGCGGAGCUGCAUGGCAGGAGGCGCUCAGCGGCGUGGCUGGGCUCGACCCCGAGGCCCCGGCCCGCUGCGCUGCGUCUAAGGAGCGGCUGACACAAUCGGACGAGAUCUACGUGUCUACCCCUGGCUGGCUGCUGCUCCGGAGGGCCGUCGCGGCCGCGGCGCCGGGCGUGCCGGAGUUGCUCGACGAGGGGGGCAUCUCCGAUCACUCGCCGCGGGACAAGCGCGGCGAGAGAGCCCACCCCACCGCGCUCACAGGAAGCCUCGGGAGUUUCGGGCUCGUCGACCCGCUCGGCCUGCGCUCCCCGAAGAAGAGUAAGAAAAUCGGCGGCGAGCGAGAGGGGGAAGCGAGGUUCGAGGUGGUGCUGGUGGGCAUGGAAGGCCGCCUGCAGGUGCACAACGGCGAGGUCGGCAAGCUCGCGAAGGUGAACGCCGAGAAGGACAAGUGCGAGGUCCACCUCAGCGACGAGGUCCUGGCCAGGGAGAGCGAGGACAAGGGGCACAUCAAGGUGAAGGGCCUCAAGCACAUCCUGCCCGUGGCAGCCACAGGAGGACCUCUGGGCGCCGGCACGCCCGUGGUCAUAUGUCGGUUGCGCAACCACGCCGAGCUGAACGGCUGGCCUGGACGUAUCCUCGAAAAGUCGCAGGGCAGGACCGAGGACCAGAGCCGCUACGUGGUGCGGGCGGCGGAGAGCGGGCAGCUGUUCCGGGUAAAGCGCGACAACUUGGUUCAGGUGGAGCCCGACGCCCUGAGCAAGGUCGGCAUGGACGAGGCCUUCCACAUGGACUUCAACGAGCAGAUGAGGUCGAUGAAGGCGAAGCUGGACCAGACCCAGAGCGGCUUUGGCGCCGCGGCGGUGAAGAAGCCCAACACCAAGAACCCGGAGGAAAAAGGCUUGGUGACGCUGCCUGAAGUGCCGGGAGCUGCUACUGGACGGGCGCCACCGGCAGCCUGCCAGUGGGAGCUCGAGUCCACCUGACCGGGCUCAGGGUGGCCACGGCCUUCAACGGAGCGUCGGCCGUGAUCUUGACCGUGGACCGCGCCAAGGCGCUGUACCAGGUGCGUUUGGAUGACGGCUCCUCCAAGACAGUCAAGGCCGAGAACGUUCGCUCCGGGCCGGGGCCCGGAACAGGUAGUGGUAAAGCCACGAAGAGUUCAAGGACGUGCCGACGUGAUGAAGUGAGCGUUGCCUGCCAAAUGUAGGUAGCUACACCGCAUACAUUUGUGCAACGGGGUGCUCACGCGCCACGGCACGGUUACAGCCUGUGGCAGUGGCUGCGUGACCACAGUAUGCAGUCGACGGCGGUGGCAGUUGGAAUGUCAGCGUCGACGCCGUUGAUGUUGGGAACGAGGUCGUGGGGGGGCGGUCACGAUUAGAUCAGCCUGUGAGAUGUUUUUUCCCGCUCGCUGACACGCUGACACUAGUAGACGAAAGUUUUGUCACAGUGCCUCGGACGCAUGCGGGCAACCUUUGUUUAACAGCUGCGUCAUCAAUGCGCAGCUGUUGGCACUCUCAUCUCUGCACAGGUUAUUAGAGGAGACCCUUGGUGCUCCUCGUCAGCCUUCCCGUCGUCCGCUCCCGAUCCUCCCCCGUCCAUUGAUGUUCCCCUAACAAAAAGGGGGGGUCCCCCCUUUGCCGCCUGCUCCGGGCGGCCCGUCGCCGAGCACCGCCCCCUGGGGUCUUCGCUGUCUCACCCAUGUUUUGCCUGCGUUCGUUUGGCGCCCGCCGCUAGCACCGACCACUCUGCCCGACCGUGCACUGGCAGUCUGACUUGUGCCUGGAGCCACAUGUGACUGAUCAAAGUGAGAA